AAAAAUGCGAACAUAGAUAUGAUGAAUUAUCCCCAUUUCCAUAUGUGUUACAAUGUAAGAUACAGUUUUCCUUAUCCACUCCGAUGCAAAUCUUGAUAGACAAGAAUCAUAUCAUUCGCUUCAAAAACGUUACCAAACAAUGAAAUCCUCUAAUAUUUUCUAACGAAAUCCAAAAUUAAUUCUCCAUCUGCUCGCUCUCCCUUAUAUAAGAAGACAGUUUCUCUUAUCUUUCAUUCACUUCUAACUGCAACCAAAAAAAUCUCUCUUAAAACCUUUUAACUGUUUGAGAUGGCGCAAACAACAAUGACUGUCGAGAAGGUGACCGAAGCUGAUGUUGUGAUCAGUCCUAACGUUGGGAAUAGGGCUUACGUCACUUUCCUCGCUGGAGACAAAGACUACUGGAUGGGUGUAGUUGGUCUAGCCAAAGGACUUCGUAAGGUGAAAUCAGCUUAUCCUCUUGUUGUGGCGAUUCUCCCGGACGUGCCUGAGGAACACCGUCAAAUCCUGGUGGCUCAGGGAUGCAUCAUUCGUGAGAUCGAGCCAGUCCAUCCGCCGGAAAACCAGGAGGGUUAUUCCAUGGCUUACUACGUCAUCAACUACUCUAAACUUCGCAUUUGGGAGUUUGUGGAGUAUGAGAAGAUGAUAUAUCUAGAUGGAGACGUACAAGUGUUUAGUAACAUCGAUCAUCUUUUCGACACUCCUUGUGGGUACUUGUACGCCGUCAAAGAUUGCUUUUGCGAGGUGUCUUGGUCCAAAACUCCUCAAUACAAGCUUGGUUACUGCCAACAGUCGCCCGAAAAAGUGACGUGGCCGGUCCAAAGCCACGGUUCUCCGCCGCCGAUAUAUUUCAACGCCGGUAUGUUGGUUUUUGAACCAAAUCUCAUCACUUACGAGGAUCUCCUUCGCGUUGUUCAAAUCACUACCCCAACGUAUUUCGCCGAACAGGAUUUUCUGAAUAUGUACUUUAGAGACAUUUACAAGCCAAUCCCUUCGACCUACAACCUCGUACUGGCUAUGCUUUGGCGUCAUCCUGAAUGUGUUGACCUUGACCAAAUCAGUGUUGUUCAUUACUGUGCUAAUGGUUCGAAGCCUUGGAGAUACACGGGAGAAGGUGAACAUAUGGAUCGAGAAGACAUAAAAAUGUUGGUGAAAAAAUGGUGGGACAUUUAUGAAGAUUCGAGUUUAGACUACCAGAAGUUUGUCAAGACUGAGUCUAAGCUGAAUCCGAACAUUGCAGCCUUUACCAAUGAAUCUGGUGGCGAUAUCCCUGAGAGCCUUGCCCCUUCCGCUGCAUAACCAAUCUUUUAUGUGGAGCUAUAUACUAUGCAGCUUUUGUUUUUGGUUUUUUAAAAAAGGUUUAGCUAUAUAUAUAAUUUUAUCAUUAUAUAUAGCAGCCUGGUUUGAGUUUGAUAUAUGUGAGAUUAGAGUGGUUGGUCUUGUGUUUUGUUAGACUUGUGUCAAUACGGACCUUGGCCACCCUUGCUUUUGUAUCUUUCUCUACUAUUAAUAAUUAUAAGAAAUUUGGCUUUCACUUU